CAUACACACACGAACGGCCGCGUCCCAUUUCCUACGUAUCACUGAGCGCCUGGUAGCAUGCGCUGAGACGCCACUUCUUUUGGGAAGUACGCGGACUAUUUGCAGACAACUUCGGAACAAAAUCUCUGUGGACACCCGCUCUCUGGAAUGGGCCUUUGGAGGCCUUUAAAAGACUACCAUUAUUGAAAUGCAUGUUAGAUAGAAACGUGCUCCUGGGAAGUGCAGACGUCGAUUUAAAAAAAAUAUAUUAUAAAUAUAUAAACAAAAAACUGCGGUGCAUUGGAGUGUUUAGAUGAAGGGACGCGGAGGGAUCCGGACCCCAGCACUGAGGUCACGCUUCCGCCCAGUUUCUCUAUCUCUCUCUCUUACUGUGUUCGCUGUCGUGUGUAAAAUGGAGAGUAAAAACGGUACUUACGUCGCCACUUUUUGCUGAGAGUAGACGCCACGCAAAAGAAGAAAAAAACUUUUACAUGUUAAAAAAAGAAAGAAACAAACAAACUCCGAUAUCUGAAUAAUUCCCCACACCCACGAAGCGACCACCGCUAGCUAGCUACCUCCUAGACACACACACACACACACACACACCGCGCACACGCAAAAAUACACUUCGAGCUGCGGACAGAGGUUGCCGUGGGAACUGCUGCGUUUCGAAGUGCUACAAAUUUCUGCGAGUAUUUUUUUAAUAUUAUUUUUGCUAUUGUCUUUUUUCCCUUUUAUUUCCUCAAAACGCCGGCCGGAUUGUACAAGAAGCUGCUUCUAAAAGGCGACGUUGAGGAUGGUCACUCGGCAGUGCGGGGGAAGAAAGACGGAUCUCUGGAUUGGAUUUCGUGCUUGUGCAUUAGUUUAGGUUCGCCUGUCUUUUUUAUCCAUCGGGCGUACAAAAAUAAAAAAGAAGAGAGAAAGAACAAAAAUCCAGCAGCAGCAAGUACAAUUUGCUGAAGACGAGAUGGUUUUCUUUUCGCCGAUCCUUUUUUCCAAGUAAAACUGAUUGUUGUAUCGUGGGUAGAAAAAUGUUGAUCUCUGGGGUGAAUUUCCCGGCUGUGGCUGCAUCGUCGGUGCUACUCCAAGGACUCGGAUCCCGGUGAGAAAAGAUGAGCGAAGAGUCGGCAAAUCCUACCAACGAUGAUAGUUAUGCACGAGUGCGAGCAGUGGUGAUGACCCGAGAUGACUCUAGUGGUGGAUGGCUGCCGAUGGGAGGAGGUGGACUCAGUUGUGUAACAGUGUACAAAAUCAAACAUCAAGAUGAAAACGGCUGCGGCGAUUUUCUUAUUCAUGGAGAGAAACUUAAAGAUAAAUCAGUUGUUUUAGAAUGUAUUCUAAAGAAGGACUUGAUAUACAACAGGGUUAACCCAAUAUUUCACCACUGGAGAAUCGAUGAAAAGAAGUUUGGAUUAACCUUUCAGAGUCCUGCUGAUGCAAGAGCGUUUGAUCGUGGCAUCCGCAGAGCCAUUGAAGAUAUCAAGCAAGGCUGCCCUUCAUAUAGUGAACCAGAAAGUGAAGAAGAUGGGUCACAGGUUUCUCAAGAUAAAACUUCCACUUGCACACCAGUUAAAGAAUCCUUUUCUCGACACAACACUGUUGUGACCAAUGAACCUUUCAGAAGCUGCUACAUUAAAACUCAGCCACUUGAUGACUUUAAUUCUCCAAGGAGAUUGUAUUUUCCUCCACCUCAUAACCAGGUACCAUUUAAACCAACGCGACACGUUAGCUUUCAAGAUGAAGAUGAAAUUGUUCGAAUAAACCCACGGAAGGACGUUUUAAUCAGAGGUUACGAGGAUUAUCGACAUCCAAUUAUGUGGAAAAAUGACUUGGAUAGAGAUGACACAGAUUCCAAUAUUCAGUUUUCCAAACCAGACUCUAAAAAGUCUGAAUAUUUAUGUCCUUGUGGUGACGGACCAGAAUCCAACCCAAUGAAAGACUCCAAAAGUUUAGUGGUAUUCAAAAGCCAACCUUCACCCUUGCCAAAAUCAAAAAAGUCCAGGCGAAGAAAGGAGGACGGUGAACGUUCCCGUUGCAUAUAUUGUAGAGAAAUGUUUAACCAUGAGGACAACUCAAGAGGACAAUGCCAGGAUGCCCCUGACCCUAUUAAGAAAUGCAUUUAUCAAGUGAGCUGUAUGCUUUGUGCUGAAAGCAUGCUGUACCACUGCAUGUCAGACUCAGAAGGGGACUUCUCAGACCCCUGCUCAUGUGACACAAGUGAUGACAAGUUCUGCCUCCGAUGGCUAGCACUUAUAGCUUUGUCUUUUAUUGCACCAUGUAUGUGUUGCUACCUUCCUCUGAGGGCAUGUCACCAUUGUGGUGAGAGCUGCAGAUGUUGUGGGGGGAAACACAAAGCAGCUGGAUGAAAUAAAUACAUAGAAGGAAGUGAAGCUCACCAUCAUUUUUUUAUCUCUGGGCAGCAUCUAUCUUGGAUCAUUCAAGAUUUGUUUUGGCCAGCAGAGGAAGUUCUGCAUAAAGGAGCCAUACGAUAAGCUCAAUCAGAGGAAGCAGCAGAGAUUUCUAAUGUGGAGAUUACUAAUCAAGGCCAUCAGGCCUGACUUUAUUACAUAUGCAUAAUGUAAUUUAUUAAGAGGGUCUGUGUUUUUGUUUUGUUUAGACUUUUGGUACAGAGAGCACUUUGAAUUGUGCUUUCUUAUGUAAGAAAAGAGAGUAAACUAUAUGAUUGUGCUGAAAGGGAUAUUUGUGCAUUUUCUGCAGUCAGGUAACAAGACUCUGCAUUUUUAGAGUAUCUACUGACAAAGUACUUACUAGAUGAAUAUUUUGCAAAAUAACAAUCGUUUGAAGUUUGUUUCUGAAGGAAAUGCUGGUUCUGUUUAAUUGGUAUCAGAGUGUAACUUUUCUUGUUUAGCAGUGAUAAGAUUCAGUCUUUAGUGGACGUUUUGUAUUUUUAACAUGUACAAAGAAUCAUGCCAUAAAAAUGAAGAAUAGCAGUACACAUUAAAUCACUUUCCACUGUUAGAGUGAGAUGCAUUCACUCAGGUCCUUUGGCUGUUUUUGACAAGUUUCAAAUGUACCAUUGUGUUCAACAUGUUUAAUUCCACGUGUAGUGCAUAUUACUCCUUCUUUUUAGCAAGCUUUGAAGUGAAAAUGGUCACUCAAUAUUGAUAGUUAUGUAUUUUGAGCUACAAAGACAGUGAUGUUUUUGUAAACCGGCGACCAAUAACUUGUUCAAGCAAUUAAGAUGUCAUGCUUAAACCACGUUUUCAUUUACUGAAAGUAUGCAUUUGUAUUUAACAAAAAAGUAAGGCAUACGUGACCUUUAGUUCGACCUGAACGUCCCCUGUACCUACACUGGCUAAGUUUGAUGGAAGCUUUUUUGUUUGCGUACACGUGCGUUUCUCUUGUGAGUACUAAAUUCCAGUCCUUUUAACUUAAUGAUUAAAGUAAACGUUGCCAUAGAUACCCGGAUUCCUUGUGUUUAAAAAAAAUAAAAAAUAAAAAAGUGAAGCACUGUACAGUGUAUUAUCAUGUAUAGUUUUCCUUGGUAGACAGACUUUGUUUUUGUGUUUUGCAAUUUGUGUAAUCUGAAGUUUAUAUUGGUCACUUUACGGUUACGUAUUUUUUUAUAUAUGGUACUGUGUAGGUCAAAUUGAACUGAAGGUGAUCAUUUGAUAUUCCCAUUUAUUUAUGCUUGAAUGUUAUUUAAUCAUCAAUGUUUACCAUUUUAGGUAUGUGGUACUUUUAAAACGCAUCCGGAAAAUAAACUGCAGAUCUUUGCAACUUUUGUUAUGAAAUCCAUUCUCUGCUAAAUUCUUAAAGUGUAAAAAGUAACCUUUUGCUGUCACUUUGUUCUUAGCCAUAUUCUACGUAUUGGAGAAUACUUGUAUACGCCAAAAGACUCGGAUGCAAAAUGUGCACAGUUUCUAUGGCUGUAGCUUUCUUUGCGUGGAAAACAGUUGACUGUGGGGAGCUUCUGUUUCAAUGUUAUGUACAAAACCAUACAUUGAGAAGUAGACCAAGCGGCCCAAUUUGUUGUACUCAUGAGUGGUGAAAAGUGUUUCGCACUAAGUAUUACUUUCCUUUUCUAUGCAACACGUAUCAGGAGGUUAGGGGACUGAGGAGUAUGUUUCUGCAGUCUUUAAAUAAUGGAUUAAUGCUUUGAAUUUAGAUGUUAACCAAGUUACCAAAAUAUAAACACUUGUAAAUAAAUAACACUAAAUUAAGUAAAUAAAUUAAUUAAAUAGCUAAAUAAAGGAGAAGUCCCAACACAAAGUCAUUAAAAGGAAAAAGUAUAUUUAUCAUAGCUGUGAGUAAAUCGCUUAAACUGACAGCAUUAUGUACAUAGGACGUAUUUGAGUAUUAUUUCACAUUGAAAGUAGAGGGGAUAAGUAAUCAAAUUAUAAUAGAGGUGUUGUUAAAGAGUUUAUUUCUAGUUUUCUACUGAACAGUGCUUAAAUAAACUGUAUUACAGUAAUGGCAGUCCACUUAUUAUUUUUGCGGUUCAAUAUUAACACUGCUUGAAACAAUCAUUAAUUUCAUUUUACCAGAUGUCAUUCAACCUUUUUGAUUACAAAAGACUGUUAAUGCAUUCUUUUUUUCUAAAAUGGUUUUAAAUCAAGGGAAACGGAUGAUUUUUAUUUCUGAUUUGUUUUAUGUUCUCUAUCUGCUUUUAGUUAUGUUUUAUUUCAUGAGCCAGUUACAAACAUAAAAUAGUCUGGUUCUAAACCGACAUCUUUCAAGGUUUGUAUGUGAUUUGGAAAAGAUUCUGACUAACAAGAUUCACUCAGAGGCAUUAACCAGCACAGUGCAACUUUGGUCAUGUACUGUAUUUUAUAUGCAAUGUGUAUCUGUCUGACUGAGAUAUUAUAUAUUCUCAUCAGCAAACCUGAAUGGAACAAGUAUCUUGGAAAAUGGUUGGGUCACUGUGUGUAUAUGUGUAGAGAUAUACAGUGUAUGACAUACACAUAUACACACACACACACACACAUACACACACACAGAGACACGUAUGUGUGUGUGUGUGUGUGUGUGUGUGUGUGUGUAUAUAUAUAUAUAUAUAUAUAUAUAUAUAUAUAUAUAUAUAUAUUUAAAUAUACCCACAUACAUAUACACUAUAUAUGUACAAAAAUAUAUAUAUGUGUGUGUAUAAUGUAUUCUACUUCUAACAAUGUAUAAUUUAUUUUUAACCACUUUGCUGCUAAUUCUAUAUUUUUUCCUUGAAAGGACCAGCACAUUUUUAAAGCAAAGAAUGCCUUCUCAUUUUCAGGUCUGAAAAAAUACAUUUAUGAAGUUGAUAAUAUUCAUUGUGAUAGUUAGUAUUUUGUUCUGUUCAGCAGCCAAGUGGUUAUACCAUUUUUCUUAUGCUUUGGUGCACUGACAUAUAUUUUAUUUUAUUAACAGCUUUUGAUGAUGUAACUUUCAUGUGACUAGUUCAGAGAGUGUUAAAGCAUUAAUAGUAUGAAACCUUGUGUUUUAAGCUGCAGUAUAUUUGGCUUUACUCAAACAUUUUUUAAACAUUGCCUAUAUUUUGCUAUAUUU